AGUGGACCGUUGCGAAUCAGUUGUGUUGGUUAGCGUCGCAUGGCAGACUACUGGUAGCUUUACCGAUAUUAAAAUAACAAUAAAAAUAAUUCGAUACGAAAUGAAUUAAAAAAAGCGUUUAGUGUUAUAAAUAAACUGUUCAUUAUAUUGCUCUGUUUUAAUGAAUAUGUUUUGUUAGUAGUAGGUACGUUCGCGUCCGCGGUAUAUUUGUAGUGAAGUGAAAUCUUUGUACAUAUUUGCUUAGUUUGAUAUACGUAUACGAUUAAAGGUAUUAUUGGAUAUUCAUUUAUCAGUGAGGUAUGCUAGGGAACUUACACGUGUGAUAGUAAUUAAUCAAUUAGGAAGUAGGAAGCAUGGCAGUAGAGCAGAAACCUGAGAUUGGUCGGUGGUCUAAUCGCGUCAGUCGUUCUCAUAGUGGCUGAGUUCACCACCUUCAUAUUUGGACUAACCAUGUUCUCACCGUCCGUUGCCUUAACCUCGAUCGCAGCCCAUGGUUUUGCGUCUAUGGUGCUCACAUACUUCGUCCUCGACGGCUGGCUCUGCGAUUGGUUCUGGCUCAUCUUCUGCUUUUGUUCUGUACUACCAUCGGUCGUUGAUUUAUCAACCGCUGUCAUCACCUUGUGCACUUCCAGAUGGUAGAACUUCGCUAUAUUACGAGAUUUUUUGAAGAUCUCAAUAGAUAUUCCAGUUUUUCCGAAUUUUGAAUUACUUUCUGCACGUCCAAACGGUGAUAAAUAUCUAUCUAGAUCUUUGCCAUCUCAGUUGGCCGCUAUUUUGAGUAUUCUUCAGUAAUUAUUUGGUUUUCAUUACAAAAGAUUUUUAUUCUAAAUAUCUGACAUUACUCUAGCUACUUAUAUAUUUUUUGAGAAUAACCUCAUUCGCCGUCGUUCAUUUUCUAUGGUUGUAUAGUAUUUACGACGUUGUGCCUUAGCAUUAAUAAGGAUAAAACUUGAAGAUAAGCUCUUGAUUCAGUCAUCAGUCAUUAUCUGAUCUGAAAUGAUGAUCGCAACGCCAAUUAUAAAAAUUGUAGCCAACGAGCACCAACAUUUGACCCAAUCCCAUGACUACAAGGCAGGAUGGUCGUUCUACUUGGUGCUAGCGGGUGUCAUCACAACAUUCGGCUCGUCGCUGCCAGUUGGUUUCAACAUUGGAGUUGUCAACACGCCAGCUGACCUCAUAAAAAGUUUUUGCAACGAAAGCUUUAUAACCCGCUACGACAUCCAACUUAACAAGACAUGGCUAAACGUGCUAUGGUCUUCAGUCGUGUCCAUAUUUAUUAUUGGAGGAUGUACUGGCUCCAUACUUGGCUCGGUUUUAGCUGAUAAACUCGGCAGAAAAAAGGCUACAAUAUUAACGAACGUUUUGUCCCUCGCCGGUGCCGUUCUUUUUCUGUUCUGCCGGGCUGCUAACUCGGUAGAAAUGCUGAUUAUCGGCAGAUUGCUUGUCGGGUUGUCUGGAGGACUAACAACCAGUAUAGUGCCAAUGUACUUAACAGAGUUAGCGCCAUCGGCCUUAACGGGUGCGAUGGGCGUGGCGUGUCCCAUGGGUGUCAAUGUUGGCGUGCUUGUUGGACAGGUUAUGGGCCUCAAGUUCUUAUUGGGCGGGGUUGACGACUGGCCUUACCUACUGUCCGUGUACGCGCUGCUAGUCAUUGUGUGCCUGCCGGUACUACUCAUACUGCCGGAAAGUCCAAAAUACCUCUUUGUAGUUAGGAAAAAUGAAUUAGCUGCUAUUAGUGAAUUAAGCCGCCUCAGAGGCGUGUCACCAAGCGUCCUUACUGAAGAUUUAGAAUUAUUGAGAGAAGAGACGCGAACUGAUGUGAGUUCUGCCGGGAAACAUUGGAGCAUGUUGAAAGUGCUGCAAGAGCCAAGACUACGACUGCCCCUACUGCUGACGUGUUCCAUGCAAGCGGGGCAGCAGACCAGCGGGAUUAAUGCGGUAUUCUACUACUCGCAAACGAUAUUCAAGCAAGCAGGUCUAACGGAGUUACAAUCUCAGUACGCGACGAUUUGUUCGGGCUUCAUCAACGUUUGUACGGCGGUGUUCAUGCUGUAUCUCCUGCCAAGGACUGGCAGGCGGCCUCUGUUGCUGGGCUCGAUAUUUGUGGCCUCCGUGCUACUGGCAGCUCUCGCCGCCGCUAUGAAGUUUAUUAACGCUGCGUCGUGGAUGCCGUAUCUAUGCAUGAUGGCAGUGUUGGCUUACGUUCUAGUCUACGGGUUCGGACUUGGCCCGAUUCCGUACUUCAUUGCUUCAGAAAUGUUCGAGGUGGCCCCCCGGCCCGCGGGCAUGGCGUGGGGUUCUCUAGCUAACUGGGGGGGAAACUUCCUAGUGGGGAUGUGUUUCCCCACCAUGCGUGACGUCAUCGGACCGUACUCCUUCCUGGUGUUCGCGACCGUUACCAUGGGACUCUUUGUAUUCCAGAAGUUCUAUUUCCCGGAGACGCGCGGCAAGACACCGGCGCAGGUCACCCAGCUGUGCAGCCGCGGGCUCAAGUCCCGUCCGCUGCGGAGCCUCGCGCUCGACCACUAACACUGUCAAACGGGCCUGUUGAUAUACCGCGAAUAACAAUAUCCAAAGAAAUGAGUUACGUAUUGCGGCAGCGUCCAGGGUGGACUGAAGGAAAUGGAGGCUUUUUACUAAUUAACUUUAUUCUUAAAACUAUGUUAUCUAAGUGACAAUGCUGUUCACUAUACUAAAUCUACCGAUCGACGAUAUAAAGCGGCUGGCGGGCAGUGGCUGGAUGAGGAAGGCUGAGGACCGGGUGUGGUGGCGCUCUAUAGGGAAGGCCUAUGUCCAGCAGUGGACGUCCACAGGCUGAUGAUGAUGAUGAUGAUACUAAAUCUUUAUGUUUUAUAUCCGUGUCCCCUCUUCCAUUCUUCAGUCGUUGGCAAGGUCGUUGGUUACAGAGAUCACGUACAGUUGCGAGCGGAAUUGGCGGUGUACUGCGUCGGCGAAUUUCCACACGUAGUGCGUAGACAUACUAACUCCUCUGACAAUGCCUGGGUUCCUAUAAGGGUAUCGGUGGAAUACGUCGUAACUAAUGUAACACAAUCCAUUGUAUUAAAUCCAUGUCUUUCUCUCGUGAGAGUGAUCUAUAGUACGCGUCAGGUCGAGAUGGCAAUCGGGCUACGAGGCGGGCUACGCCCCGCACACCCGCACGUCACCCGCGUCGGGUUAGUGCGGGGGCUGUGCGAGGCCAUGAUUGCCAUAACGACCUGUCGCGUACUAUACAUAUUAGCAGUGGAUUAGUUUAUUGGACUCGAAUAAUAUUGAAAUAAUAUACCCGCUGUAAGUACAAAUUAUAAAAAUGAUUAUUUUAAGUAUUACUGCAGUAAUCCAUACUAAUAUUUAUAAAUGCGAAAGUGUGUCUGUCUGUCUGCCUGCUGCUA